AUGUUCCGCGGGGGAGCCUGCCAAAGCGUGAGCAAACUUAAAAGACUCAUUCCAGCAAGAGGCGUAAAAACAUCAGCCAGACUUCCCACCUACGACCACUUCAUCUUCAAUUUCGAUGACGUAGAAAAUUUAAAAAAGUUAAAAGAGAUAAACACGGAACCGUUGGUGGUACAAAAAAAUGAGGACAAAUAUGAACACAUUUUAGAUCAAAGUAAAUUAAAAAAAACAAGAAAAUUGCUCACGUUGGUUCGCAAAAAAUUGAUAAACUAUCAGCAGACCCCCCUGAAUAGGUUUUUCUUCAUAUUCUAUAAAAAUGUGGAGUGUCUCUCCGAGGCCGAAGUGAUCGAUUUGUUGUAUUUGGCCGUACGGAACAGGAAGUAUUAUGCACAUGAAGGGGAUGUAGAGAGCGGCUUUGACACUCAGGCUGGUGGUCUCUGUGAUGGGGAGAACAAUUCCAUCGUCGGGGAGGGAAACCACUUCCAUAACUUCAAUAGGAACAACGUACAAGACAUUUCUGAUCAUGUCUACACCAAUGUAGGAGAAGCGAAAGAUAUCGCCAUACUCACCUGGGAGAAAGAGCACCUCGGGGGGGACAAUCAGAAAGCAAAUGAAGGCUGUGCACCAAGAGGAGAAGACCCCGAAUGGGGUGAUGACGCAAAUAGUGAUGAAAGUUCUCAUUUGAAAUGUAAAGGGGUGGGUUCCAUUGCACAGAAUGGGACUACCAAUUGGUUGGUGGCUAUGGAAGAGGAUCGGAUGGACCCCAGAAAAAAUCCCAAGUACAUUCAGAAAAGCCCCAAUUUUAAGCGUCGAAAUGUCGAUUACGUGCUGAGGCUGCUAUCCUCUUUGAGGAACUCGCUAAGGGAAAGAAAAAUUGCCACGAAAAACACGAUGACCUUGCUGGACGUGUACAAAUGGUCGUACUGUUUGCGCCACUACAGAAUGGCAGAGGGGGACAGUUUCAUAGUCCCCUACAUCUGCUCUUUCCUAAAAAAGGAAAUCAGUCAUGUAAAUCAAAAGAGGAACGACUACGAAAUAAGAGACGAUGAGCAACUGAACCUUCUGCUGAACGUCCUAAUCAUACACCACAAAAAGCUGAAGGGGCAUUUUUUUAACCUGCUAUAUGACUACCUAUUUGCGGUGUUCAAGAGGGGGAUCUUCAGCCUCUCCUGCAAGAAUAUAUGCCUACUACUGCAGGUGAAUAAUUUCCAAGUGGGUAAGUACGAUCCCUUUUUUCUUUCCCUGCUUGGGGGAGGAGCAACGCCGCGCAGGGUAACACCAGAAAUGGUGAGCGCUUCCGACUCGCUAACCCCCGCGGACGUGAACUACCUGCUGUUUUACCAACUGAAGAACGGCGCAAUGAGGGGCGCCCCCCCGUUUGACCUGCUCACGGACCGCCUCGCCAACACACCCGAAGUGACCUCUCAAAAGAUUCAAAAUGUGCACCUCCUAUCGUUGCUACUGCUCCGCUAUGACUACUCCAAAAGGCACGCCAGUGAAACGCACGACAAAUUUGUGGAAAUAAUUUAUCAUAUGUAUUAUUACCUGCGGAAGAAUAUGAGUAGCCUAUUAGGGAAUAAAAAAAAAAGAGAAAACCUUUUGAAUGUCCGCUUUUUAACAUCCUUUUCGCUAGCUCUCUCUCUGAUAGGGAACAACCUCCAUGUGAAUGAUGAGUUGUGCCUCUUCGUGCUUUGCCUUGUAACCAAUCCGGAGCAGACACUGACCACCCGUGACUACAUAGCUUUGUUGAAAAUCUCCCAUUUUUAUAACUUCCAAAAGGAGCUACAUUUUAGCAGGAACGCUCUCUACUGUGAAGACAAGGCGUGCUUCUACAUCUGUGGCGGUGGUGGUGGGGACCAGCAGGGGUACCUCCCCCUCAGUUGGGAGCGGCUAUCUAGCUACAUUUACGAAUGCUUAAAGGUGGUAUAUUCCUUUGAAGGGGAGGGAAGAACUUGGAGGGGCACCCCUGCAGGGGAUCUCCAGAGGGAAAGGCAGAAGGUGGGCACGUCAAACGGGAUGGCCAUCAAAAGGGAACCACAUUUGGAUCCCCCACCCAUCGAAGACAUGACUAAACCUGCCGCGCUUACGGAGGUACCCCCGCCAAAGGGUACCCCCGAAACGCACCUUCUGAAGGGGCAAAACUUCUCCGUUGAAAACACCUUUCGAGUGAAACCACCCGCACAGUGCAUCAACAAACAGAAGGCGGCAAAGAAGAACAAAAGCUACUACAUGCACAUUUUGGACAUCCUACCGUCGGUGCAAAACGACCCAAAUGGCAAGCCUUUUUAUAAACACCUGCUACGAUUGUUCCAAAGGGACGUGGGCCAUUUUAACCUACACAUGUUUGACGUAGAUAAGAUCCUAUUCACGUAUAGUCUGCUCAACAUGAAAAAAGAGGACCUCCCUUUGGAUACUCUAAACCUACUAAAAAGGGUGAAAGAAAAUAUUAUGAGGAAGGAUCACCCCUUGGAAAAAGAAAGGUACCUCCUUCAUUCCCUCUGCAACAUUCUUCUGACGAUGGCCGAAUUGAACCUCCUUCCAAUAGUGGACAUAAAAAUUUUCGAGAAAAAGGUCCUCACAAAUGUGCACUUCUUAAACAUCGGUGCUAUUCUCACCCUGAUGCAGUACUACAUUUUGAAGGGAGCGGGGACGACCGGGGUAAGUGCUCACACAAAAGAGAUUGCUUUGCUGGUUCUGCAUUAUGUUAAGAGGAAGUACCUGCUUUCGAGGAAUGGUGCAGAUGGAGGUACUGCCCAAUUUGAGGAGCUCAAGGGGGAUGUGAAUUAUCCCACCAUCGAGCGUUAUCUGCACCAGAGGGGUAGUCACAAUGGGGAAGCGGCCUCCAAGGGGGAAGGGCUCAACCGAAAGGGAGACCCUUCCUAUAGUCCCAAAACUGAUGCACUAAAAAACGAAAGCACUUUUUUUGCCCCCUUUGAAAAAAUAAACGAAGACGAUUUGCACGAAUUUCUACUGCUCAGAUUUGUCUUCGUCCACCUCGUCACCCAUACGAGCCUCUUUCACGAUAAUAUGAAACAUCACCAUGGGGGGGGGAGGCACUACCGCGCCAUGGUGAAUAACCUUAACAGAGUUGUCCUUCACCUGAAGACUGACUUCUCAGACAUGCUGUUGGUCGGCCUGGAGGAUGGCCAUGAUGUAGUGACUCCCCAAGAAGGGGGCCCCGCGAGUCGGCAAGAUAUCCAAAGGGACAGCGAAGAAGCAGAAAGGGGGACUCUACCCAGCUGCGUAUCAGAAGAAGUGAAAAACGAGCACAUUGUGGGACCCCCAAACCAAAGUAACAUCCUUAGCCGCGAGAAUUUCCGCCUACUCACCAGCUACAUUACGUUCACCCUUAAGCAUGACCUGAAUUUUCUUACGAAUGACCGGAAUUUCCACGAAGCAGUGGCGUUGCAACAUUCGUUUGUUAAGAACUUCAAAAGUUUGUACUAUAAUUAUAAGUACUCAUUUGUCUAUCGCAAAUUAAUUCUUUCAUUAAUAUUUGGCAUGAGGAGAAGAAGUUCCUUGCGGGUGAAGUGCCCCUUAAAUGUUCUGAAGAACAGCCCAAGUGGAGUGGAAAAAAUGAACAUAAAUGAGUACACACAGGUAUUGAGGCUGUUUAGUGCUCUGUGUGAGGAGGAGGGACGGGGGGGAAACGCCUUUUGCAGCUACUUAACAAAAAACUGUGUGAAAGUGCCCAGCUCGCAACCCCCCCCGCAGUAUGACAUUCUCCUGAAUGGCCACUUAAUUUACCAAAUGAGCAGCAGCGAAAUUGUCCACGUCCAUUUGAAUGUCCCUUUUUUUAACUACACCAUUCCGAUGCUCAUAGAAACGAAAGCCUUUUCUGUGGCAGUGCAGGUGGUUUUCACCCCCACGGAAAAUGUAGACACGUAUGCAACAUUGUUCAGCGUUAUGAGGGGGCUCUUAAAAAGUUAUAAUUAUGAGGUGAUACUGGUGAAGAGAAGAGGGGGGGCGUAAUCUGAGGGGGGGUGUAUUGGCCAUCCCCUCCACGCUCCCUCACAGUGGAAUGCGCCCACUGAGGGGUAUCCCCCCAACACACACGUUAUUGCUCUGCCCAACUGGCGCUGCAUCGCUUUGCGCCACAUAUUAUGACGUACAAAUUGUGAAUACGGUAUGGGUAUUUUUUUUUUCCUCCUUUUUCUCCAUUUCCUUUUUUCCGCUUUUUUUUUUUUUUGUUCCCCUUUGAGACCCCCCCAGUAACUCCCCCAUUCGAAUAUUCGUUAUAAAUAAAGUAGACGCAUUUG